AUGCCAAGACGAUGCACCAAAAACUCACACUCCGACGACUCUUUGAGCGAAGAUGAUGUACAAAGAAAGAGACAGAGAAAGAAUACAGAAAUACAAAUGGCAGUAUUCAUUCCCGCUUCACCCUCUAUCAAGCCCUCAUAUAUGUCAGAUAGUGACGAGCUUCUAGAAAGACUUACUACAGAACUGAAAGCGUUAUUUCUAAAAUGUCGGAAUAAUUCUGACGAACUAUAUAUGCAUCUUAUAGAACGAAUUUAUAGAGUAGACAUAAUCGUUGCCAAGAGAGAAGGCGUUUUUGCCAAGGCUGGUAAAAUUUUUAACGAUUGUCGAGACAAAUUUAAUAAAUCGAUUAAAAUAUUAGUGAAUAAGUACAAAGAGCAGCACAAAACCAGGGAAGGUGCAGCAAGUCAAGAAGAAAUCGAAGAGUUUAUUGAUGAUACCGUGUGGCGGACGUUAUUGUCCUCCAAUCUCGAUGCUACGAAAAGGGUCGAAAUUCUCGAUAAUCCGUAUACUACAUCUCGGCUAAAGAAAUUUGUCCAAGAAGCAUUUAAAAUCCAUCUCCGUGGAGGUUCGGAUGCUUCGCUCAAUGUCAAAACACUUGACUACAUUACCAUGGACUUGGAUAUUCCUACGCAGCUCGGUAUUGUCAAUGAAAUGGACGUUAGAAAACUCUUAAGCUGUGCAAGCAUAAAGAAUUCUCGAUAUAGACGAUUAGCGUCAUGA